ACACAAUAGACAAUGAUUCAGUCUCACUUCUUUCUACACUAUAGUGUAGUACUAUAGCAUGUAUCUAAAUUGACCCUGUAGUAUAGAUUUUUUCCUGCAAGGUCUAUAAAUAAACAGAUACAUAUAUACAGAUACAUAUACAGCUUCAUUAGCAUAAGAGUGACUGAUCCUGCUUUGCGCUAUAAAGGCCACUCCCAGGACACACAGAAAGAGACUCAGUUAACCAGUUCAUAAGAACCAAAUCCACAGCCAGCGCGGAAUUCCUCCCGGAACCUGGGACCUUCAUAAAGCGGCAAGCGCAGCCUCUUCUCCAGCAUCAGCCCCAGAGCUCCGGCCGCCAGCAUGAGGCUCCAUCACCUGCUGCUCGCGCUCCUCUUCCUGGUCCUGUCUGCUGGGUCAGGAUUUAGUCAAGGAAUAAGAAGUGGUAUAAGCUGCCGUUUGAAUAGAGGCAUCUGUGUGCCGAAUGGGUGCCCUGGAAGCCUGAGACAGAUUGGCAUGUGUUUCUGGCCCCGAGUAAAAUGCUGCAGAAGGAGAUAAAAGAAGGUGAAGAGGUGGCCAGGACCGAUGCAGAGUCAGAAACUGCACCCUUCGACAGAACAUCUAAAAUUGAAACCAGAAUAAAUUUUGUUCAAAAUUAAAGAAUUUCCCACUG